AUGAAGCUUCCGUUCUUCAAUAAGCAGGGGGAAGGGCAGCCUUCCCCGCCUCCAACAGGUAUAGCCGGGGAGGCCGAUCACGAGAAACGGAGAAGUAGCUCGUUUGACGAGUCCCCUGUGCCAUGGGUGACAUGGCGAUCAUUGACCUUGGGAGCAUUCGUCUCCAUCGGCGGUGUCAUUUUUGGAUAUGACACUGGUCAGAUUUCUGGGUUUUUGGAGAUGAAUGACUACAAACAUCGCUAUGGUCAACAGCAGAGCGAUGGAACUUUUUACUUCAGCAACGUCCGGUCUGGGCUGAUCGUGUCCCUGUUGUCAAUUGGAACUCUCUUUGGAGCUCUUAUGGCCGGCCCUCUGGCUGACCGAAUUGGCCGUAAAUGGUCGAUCUUCUCAUGGUGUAUUAUCUUGCACGUCGGUCUCAUCAUCCAGAUCUCUGCACCCUACGGCAAAUGGUAUCAGAUGAUGAUGGGACGCUUCGUCACUGGCUUCGGUGUAGGAUCGUUAUCGUUGCUAGUCCCCAUGUAUCAGGGCGAGAUUGCACCAAGACAUAUUCGAGGUGCUAUGGUCUGUUCGUACCAGUUGUUUGUCACGUUGGGUAUCUUCGUUGCAUACUGCAUUAAUUAUGGCACUGAAAGCAUGGAUAGCACAGCGUCUUGGCGAAUUCCCCUGGGCAUCACCUUCCUCUGGGGUCUGCUUUUGGGACUUGGGAUACUCCUGUUCCCCGAGAGUCCACGAUAUGAUUACCGGCACGGACGUGUGGCUGUUGCAAAGACCACCAUGUCCAAGCUAUACGGCGUGCCAGAAAAUCAUCGAGUCAUCGUCCAUGAAAUUCUUGAAAUCCAGGGUCAGCUGGAGACCGAGAAGGGGACUAGAGGUGGGAUCUAUGAUUGGAUUGAGAUGAUGCAGGCCCCAAGGAUGCCGUAUCGGAUCGCUCUCGGUAUGGUACUUCAGGCCUUGCAGCAGCUGACUGGUGCCAAUUACUUCUUCUACUAUGGAACGGUAAUCUUCAACGGAGCUGGCAUUAGCAACACCUAUGUCACGCAGAUGAUCUUGGGUGGUGUCAAUUUCGGUACCACGUUCGGAGGUCUGUAUGUCAUCGAGCACUUCGGUCGGCGCAAGUCGCUGAUCACCGGUGGCAUCUGGAUGUUUGUUUGUUUCAUGGUAUUUGCAUCAGUGGGACACUUCUCCCUUGACGUGCAGACCCCAGAAAACACCCCGGGUGCCGGCAAGGCGAUGGUGGUGUUUGCGUGUCUGUUCAUCACCGGAUUUGCCAUGACGUGGGGCCCGAUGGUGUGGGCUAUUGUGGCGGAGCUGUACCCAUCGCGGUAUCGAGCCAAGGCGAUGGCACUGGCCACAGCUUCGAACUGGAUGUGGAAUUUCUUAAUUGGAUUUUUCACUCCCUUCAUUACGGGAGACAUCGACUUUGCCUAUGGAUAUGUGUUUGCUGGGUGCCUUUUCUUCGCGGUGCUAGUUGUGUACUUCUUCGUUCUUGAGGGCAAGGAUAAAACCCUUGAGGAGAUGGACAUGAUGUACGUGAUGCGGGUGCCACCUUGGAAAAGCAGCAAGUGGACUCCCCCGGCACCAGAGUAUCAGAUCACGACGAAUCAGCUCAUGGACCGACGAGUGGCGGAACAGUAUGGUCUUGAGGAAGACGCCGAGGCCAACAAGAAGCAAGCUGAGACCCCGGGCCAUCUGCAUGCAGAGAACCCUGCUGAUGCAGAUCCUGGCGGAGCCGGUCCCUCUGCGGCUUAA